AUACAACAGAAAGUAGCGGUGCGAAUAAAGAAAAGAGCGAAAAUGAAAACACCAACAGUGUGCGCUACACAAAUAGGCACAAGUGCGAUUUUUGUGUACUAGUGGACACUUCUAAAUCUACAAUGAUCGAAAACGACAAAAUGCGAAAUGGUCUCUUCCUGUGGGACAAAAUAAAAAACUUUAAUAUUUUAGGAAUAAAAAAAAUAAAAGCAAUAGGUAGGUCGCUUUAUAAAAUUUUUUUUGAAAAUUUCGAAGCAGCAAACAAAUGCAUAGACAACCCGGACUUACUCAAAAAUAAUAUGAGACCGUUCAUACCCAAAAGCAUGGUGGAAACCACCGGAGUAGCGAGGCAAAUUCCACUUAAUUUCACGGAACAGGAAAUAAAGAACAAUAUAGUUUCAGACAUACCGAUCACAUCAAUUACAAGGAUUACCAGAAGAGACCCUAAUGACAAAGAAAAAUUCAUCCCGACGUACUCUGUAAAGAUAGCCUUUGAAGAAUUAGACACUGCUAUAACUGCGGAAGAUUAGGGCACACCAAAAUGGCGUGCAAAGCAGCAAACAGAUGUAUAGUUUGUGGUAAAGCAGAGGGCUGCAAUAGCAAAUGUAACCAGAACACAAAAUCAUGCAUACUAUGUGGAGGCGAUACCCACAACUCACUCGAAAGUAGCAAAUGCUCCGUAUGGGCAAAAGAAAAAAAGGUAGUAGAAAUAAUGACCAUUAAAAAGGUAUCCAAAUCAGAGGCAAUAGGGAUGUACAAUCUCAACAAUAAUAACAGAUUCUCUGCUUUAGACGAUUUUGAAGGGAACUUCCCUCAUUUAGAUACAAAAAAAACAGUAAUGAUCAAUAACGACGAAGUGGUUAACAAAAAACUCACUACUACCAAAUACAAUCAAGUCGUAAAGAAAAAUAUUCCACAAGUAUCCGCACCACCAAAGCCAACCUACAACGCCCCGAGAGUUAAAGCAAGCAUACAGCCUGUAUAUGAAAUGGCGAACUGGAGUAAGAAAAACCAGAACCGACGGCUACGGUGGUGUAGGAAUCGGAUUCAGAAAAGACAUCAGGCAUGGGGAGACAGAAUAUGCAACUCCAAAGGAAGCAUUAUUAUCAACGAAAUCAGCUAUACAAACCUUCAAUGCAUCAACACCGGAACUAUUACCCACCGUACCGGAAACAGUGCCGGGUCUGUAAUAGACAUAACGUUCACAAAUAUUAAUAGCAGUUUGAUAAAAUGGCAAUGUCACCAAGUACAUCUAGGAGGCAGCAAGCAUUUUCCUAUCACCAUAGAGAUAACAAACACCGGAAAGAAACCCAACUUCUUUAUCCCCAAGAAACAGCUGGCUAGGGAGUUAGCGCAGGUAAGCUUUGAUGAUCUAGAAAAUUUCACAAAUGUGAUUGACAAUGUCAAGAAUAAAAUAAAAAUUGAUUUAAAUAAGGCUAAUCGCACUCCUAAAGAAUGGUGGAGCGAGGAACUCAAUAAACUCUACAGACUACACGUGGCAAAACGAAAAAAAGCAAAUCAUACUAACCGCAUAGAAGAUAUGGAGGAAUCAAUUAAGGCAACCGGUGACUGGAAAGACGCAGUGAAGAAAGCAAAAAAAUCUAGCUAUAACAAUAAAAUAGAAGAAAUCAAUGCUAACCCUAAUUCCAAAAAUGCAUGGAAUUUCAUAAGAAAUGUUAAAGGAAAUAAAAGGCCAUUGCACAACUGGGCAGCCGAAGACGACCGCAACUAUUUAGAAAUUAUAAAAGAACAAGCGGAACAGGCUAGCAAUCACAAUAUCACGUGUUGUCCAUCAUUCGACGCGUCUCCAAGCGCGUCAAACGGGAGCAUUGAUUUCUCAUACAUGAAAUUUGAAAAAUUACUAGCGAAGAAAAAAUCAACAGCUGGGGGGCUCGACAGGCAACAGAGUCCUAAAUGCCUGGAGAUUAAUAAAAGUAAUACCAAUCCCCAAAGCAAAUAA